AUGGACAAGCUGGCUGAAGAUUCUCGUGGAUCUUUUGUUUGGACUCUUCUUUCUGGCCGUGCACUCGAGGUUAUCGAGCACCUCAAGGAGAGUGACUACCAGGUCAAGGGCGGGGACAAGGUGAUCUUCCACCUCCUUGACAAACGUUGGCCGGAAUUGGACCGGACAGAUGAGAUAGGAGAAACCAUAGCUGCUGUAUUCGCCCUGAAGGCGACAGAGGGCGAGAGUGUCCGCCAAUGGCGUGCUCGAAGCCGUGAAACCUUCGACCGCUGUGCUCGAAAGACUGGAGUAAAAUUCCCUGAAGAAGCUCGUGGAUGGAUACUCCUGAAUUGCAGUGGUCUUCAAGCUGAACAACGUGCGGUCGUACUGGCACGUGCUCAAGGGGACUUGAAGUUUGAUCAGGUCUCGCAAUCGAUGAGGUCUUGCUUCCCGGACUAUGUGGUGCCCAAGAAGCGAGCCGUUGCCGCUGUGACCUUGGACGACCCCCCUUCUGUGUCAGAACCCCUGGACGAGCCGUCAUAUGACGGGUUUCGUGAUGUGGAGUUGUUUUUGGCCGAACAUGGCCAUCAUGAAAAGGAUCCUUCAUUUUCAGCUGGUGACACAGAGGGCUUCGAGGAGGAAGAGGCAGCUGAGAUUUUAGCUGCGACAUGGAAAGAAAAGAGGGCUGAGUUGAACAUGGUGCAAAAAGGACGUCGUUUUUCUGCGCCUGAUGCCCGCAAGGGAGCUGGAGCGUCCAAGGACUUCAAACGGCUCCAAGCCAUGCUGCUGGAACUGUCCAAGUCUGUGAGUUUUGCAGUACUGGACAGCAGCUGCGGGAAAACAAUCAUCGGUCGUGACACGCUGAACUCCUUUAAGGACAUUUGGCAAAGACAUGGUAUUGCUCCCCGACCAGAAAAGGCGGAACGCAAUAGUUUCCGCUAUGGGAAUGGUGAACAAGAAAUGAGUGAAACUGUGGUGGACAUGCCCGUCUACUUGGCCGGACGCCCCGGCUAUGUGACAGCUGCCGUAGUUAAAGGGAGAGCUCCCUUGUUGCUUUCUCGGCCUGCCCUGAAGAAGUUGCAGGCUCAAGUUAAUUUUUCAGGUGACACCCUGCAAGUUUUUCCUGAUCGAGUUCGGGUGCCCCUGGAGGUCAAUGCAGCUGGACAGUAUGCCAUCAAGGUGUCCGAUUUCCCAAGUCGUUUCCGCCGCUGGCCCAUGACGAGCAGGCCACUCCGGAGCCGACAGCAUGACGAAAAGCUGAGUGUCAUGCACUGGACUGCCAAACAACAUCGGCCGCUCAUGGCUCAGCUGCAGGAAGUGAUUUGUGAUUCGCACAGGGCAAACAUCGCUGAUGCCUUUUCACUUGUCCUUGAACAGGGCGGCGCCUCAUUUAAGCUGACGGCGGCAGAUGCCCACUGGCAACUGGGCAAGGACAAAGCCACUGAUUUUCGCGAGGCAGAAUUGCCACAGCCUGUUGACCAGUCGACCACUCGACCAGAUCCAGACACAGUAGAUCCGGAAACAGGCUAUGGUCCCGUCAGACCUCGUCGUAGGAUUCUCCAGAAAGACGGCCCGAUGGCUUUGUAUCGACCUGGACGUAUGGCAGAUGAAGACUUCCAAGAAAUGAUGCAGGAAAUCGUCCCUGAAUUAGUGAACCGCAUCAUCGAGGAUUCUCCCCAACAGGCGAAAGCAGAGCCAUCGUCAGAGCCUCCUGCUGAUCCGCAUGGACUCAAGCGUUCAGCUGAGGACCUACCAGAGUCCUCCCAGAAAUGUGGUGCAUGGGAUGCCCUGACGAAGCGUGUGCAAGAUGUCGAAGAUAUCUCACUUGACCUCAAGUGGGAGGGUUCCCCUUCUGGAACUAUGACCGAUGCUUGCAAGCGUCUUCGUGAAGAAAAGAAGUCCACAGGCCCAGAGAUGGCCUCAUAUGUUGCUUCAUCGGUGGGAGCGACCAUGCCCAUUCCGAUGCCGGUGUCGUCGGAGCAGGCCCAGUCUCCGUAUCCCCAAGGCAAUCUGCCGCCCGGUGUGACGUCGAUCAGCCAGUGGGGAUCCUCUUUAGUGGCCUUUGGCAAGUACAAGGGUGUGAAGACCUAUGAGGAAAUGCGUGAUCCCAACGAUCCUGAUCUCGCCAGCUACCGAUCCUACUGCAUGAGCCAUUAUAAGACAGGGUCACCAGGGUUGAAAGAUCUGGUGGAUUACUUGAAUGCUUGCGGCCAGAGCAUGUCCAGCGGUUCAAUGUUGCCCGGCAGUUCGAUUCCUCGCCAAUUUAGAAAGUAG